AUGGCGAUUAUGGAAUUCUUUGGAUGUACAUUUAUUGCAUUUGGACCUCCAGUAGCCCUCCUUCUCUUCACAGUAGCCAGGGAUCCUCUCAGAAUCAUUGUAUUGACUGCAAGUGCCUUUUUCUGGCUGAUAGCCCUUCUACUCUCCUCCAUUUUGUGGUUUGCCGUGGUUCCACUCCGACAACAACUGGCAUUUGGCGUUGUUUUCUCUGUUCUGUUUCAAGAGCUACUUCGUCUGGCUUUCUAUGCAUUACUCAGGAAAGCAGAUGCUGGCCUUCAGAAAGUGACUCAGGGGCAAGAUGAACAACAACUCAGAGUUGUCAAGAACAAACAUUUAAUGGCAUAUGUUGCCGGUUUAGGCUUUGGACUCAUGGGAGGUGCAUUUUCAUUGGUUAAUAUUCUAGCAGAUAUGACGGGACCAGGCACAAUAGGACUCCAUGGAGAAUCUCAAGACUUCUUUUUGGUCUCAGCAUUCCUGACUUUAUGCUUUGUAUUCCUACAUACAUUUUGGGGAAUAAUAUUUUUUGCUGGACUGGACAGGAAAGCCUAUUGGCAGGCUGCCAUUGUUGUUGCAAGUCACAUGUUGGUCUCAUGCCUG